AUAUAUAUAUAUAUAUACAACAAGAUACCUGUUGUUACAAACCCUAUAUCCUUUUUUUUUGGUUUGGAACCCUAAUAAUUAAAUUAACAAUGGUGGUUGGUGGCGAUACGAAUCAAUUUGUUCAACAAGAAGAAGACGAAUUCUUGAAAAGAAACACAGAUUGUGUUUACUUUCUUGCUUCUCCCUUAACCUGCAAAAAGGGAAGUGAGUGCGAGUAUCGCCAUAGUGACAUUGCACGUGUCAACCCCAGGGAUUGCUAUUAUUGGUUAAAUGGGAACUGCUUAAAUCCAAAAUGUGCUUUUCGUCAUCCUCCUCUUGAUGGAUUACUGGAAGCUGAAGUUCCAACUCCUGUAGGACCUUCUGUACCUCAGGCUCCAGUACCGCUUGCAAAACAAGGUGUUGCCUGCAUUUUUUUCCAAAAAGGUUUCUGUUUAAAAGGACACUUAUGCCCUUUCUUGCAUGGGCCACCAACGAUAUACAAUAACAAACCGGUGCAACCUGUGCCACCUAACCCUGUCACCAAGCCUUCUAAUACGUUUUCUGUGGUUCCGGAGAAAUUCAUACAAGAGCAAAAGUUUACUCAACGAGACAGCGUUCAAAAGCGUGAGUCUCUGCCUUCUCAUGGGAAUCAAGUUUCCGGAAUGCCCACAAGAAAUGGUGGCAGCUUUGUUGCUAUGGAGAAAAAGGUAGCAUCACCACCGGAGGAGCAUCUGAAGUACAUACCUGCCAAUGUUGCUCCACCUACUGCUGUGAAUGAAUCCCAGGUCAUCAGGUCUAACCAUGGUGUUUAUGAGACUAAUCAUACUUUAGAUAACGAUGGUAUGAAUGGAAAAGAUGCUGACGAGUAUUCAAGAGAGCCGAGCCCUGGUUUUGAUGUUCUUGUGGAUACGGAGGUCAGAGAUUCAGAAUAUUACCCUAAUGAAGAACAAUUCGGAACGUCUGAUUUUGAUAUGGGUCAGCCAGAUGACUAUGAUACUGACCGGGGUAUGUAUCGCAAACAACAUAAUUAUGACCACUAUAACAAAGAAUGGUAUGCCAGAGAAGACCGUACAGAAUCUUACAAUUUUGCACGGAAACGGUACCCCAGAGAUGACAGCCCAGAUCAGUAUGAUCAGUCAGACUUACGUCACCGAUUAUUAUCAAAACAAAGGAGAAGUAAUAAUGUUGGUGUUCUGAGGUCUGUUGUCAGCCGUGAACAUCCUCAGGACAUCCAUAGUGACAGGGUUCCAAGUAGGGACGGUAACCAUGACCGCCGCCGCUACUUGGAGCCUUGUUCUCUUAGUAGCCGGCUUAGAGGUAGAAUAACGAUUCCAGGAAGGUCAACCUCACCAAGGAAGGGUAACAACUUGAGGAGAGAAAGGGAUUCUGACAGGGGAAGGCAACAUAGGUCCAGAUACUCUCCUGGAAGGGCGCCGCACGCAUCCUCAAACAAUAGCAGGCUUAGAGACAGAAUUAAGGGUAGAGAAAAUGAUGAUUUUGAGAGAAGAAACUAUUGGGGUUCUCGCAGGUCUGAUACUGAUAGUGAGUUUACUGGACUUACAAGAAGAUCAUCAGAGUUGAAAAGUCAUCCAACAGAUGACGGUCAAUCUCUGGGAAAGAGGAAAUACCCAAGAGCAGAAAGUCGACAAGUCAAUGAGUCAUUUGAAGGGCCAAAGCCUCUAAGUGAGAUUCUGAAGCAGAAAAGAGGAUCCGUCAUUUCUUCUGUGAAUAAUGAAGACAAUAACCUGAAAGAAAAUAAAACCAAUAAUGUCAAUGAAGUCAAAGAAAAGCCUGUAGAAGGCGAAUUAUCUAUGACCAAUGAAGUAAUUGAUGUGGAGAAUACAGUGAAGUCCAUUGUUGAGGAUGCAAUACCGGAUCAGGAGCUUGACGGUUAUGAUCAUCAGCAAGAUGAAGAUUAUGAUUACGAGCAAAUUGAUGGGGAAGACUAUAACUUGGAAGAAGGCGAGGAAUAUUUUGAAGAUGAGGAAGAAGGAUAUGCCACUGGAAAGAAAGAGAAUGAAGUGUACUCUUAGAUACAACGUAUUUUGGCCUUACGGGUUAUGACCUUUGUUUUUGAAUAUUUGUUGGUUUUAAAAUUAUAGCAAAAACUUUAUGAUUGUAGUUUGUAGAAGUAGCAAAGAUUAUUCUAAAAACUCAUUUUUUUAUCUGAAGUUUUUAGUCUGUAUGUAACUUUGUAUGGAGAAAUUACUCCUGCUUUUUGUUAAAUUCUCAAUAUUUAUUCAAGGUAAAAGCAAAA